UUCUAUUCUGUUCCUUUGAUCUUUUUCUCUGUCCUUACACUACUAUCACAGUGUCUUGAAGGUGUAGUUUCAUAAGCCUUGAAAUCAGUUACUGUUAGUUCUUCAACUUUGUUCUUUCUCAAAGUUGUUUUAGUUAUUCUAAACUUUAUUUCCAUAUGAAUUUUAGAAUUAGCUUGUCAAUUUCUAUAGAAAAGCCUACUGGGAUUUUGAUCUAUAAAUCGAUUUGGGGACAAUUGAUGUCUCAACAAUAUUGAAUCUUCUGAUCCAUGAAUACUUUAUAUCUCUCCAUUUAUUUAGGUCUUCCUUAAUUUCCCCCUGCAACAUUUUACAGUUUUCAGUGUGCCAGUCUUUUACAUCUUUUGUCAGAUUCAUUCUAAGUAUUUUAUAUGUUUGAUUCUAUUAUAAGUAGUAUUUUAAAACUUUGAUCUCUGAUUGUUUGUUGAGAUCAAUUAAUCUUUUUGUAUGUUGAUCGUGUACCCUGCAAACUUGAUAAACUCAUUUAUUAGUUCCAGUAGCAUUUUUGUAGAUUCUAUCAGGUUUUCUACAUAAUCAUGUUAUCUGCAAAUAAAGAUAGAUUUACUUCUUCCUUUCCAUUCUGAAUAUCUCUUUUCUUUCUUUUGCCCUAUGGCACUGGCUAGAACCUUCAGUGCAAUGUCAGAUAGAAGUAAUGAGAGCAGACAGCCUUGCCUUUGUCCUGAUCCUGGAGAGAAAGUACUUUGUCCUUCACCAUUAAAUAUGAUGUUAGGUAUUUUGUAGAAGUCAUUUAUCAAGUUGAGGAAGUCUCCUUCCAUUCCUAGUCUACUGAGGGCUGUUCUUUUCUUUAAUGUGGAAUGGAUGUUAGAUUCUUUCAUUCUUUUCCUGCAUCUAUUGCAAUGACUAUGUGAUUUUUCCCUUCUUUUCUUUUCUUAAUUUGUUUAUUUAUUUUUGGCUGCAUUGGGUCUUCUUUGCUGCACGCAGGCUUUCUCUAGUUGUGGCGAGCAGGGACUACUCUUCAUGGCAGUAUGCAGGCUUCUCAUUGCGGUGGCUUCUCUUGUUGCAGAGCACGGGCUCUAGGUGCACGGGCUUCACUAGUUGUGGCACAUGGGCUCAGUAGUUGUGGGUCACGUGCUCUAGAGCGCAGGCUCAGUAGUUGUGGUGCACAGGCUUAGUUGCUCCAUGGCAUGUGGGAUCUUCCCAGACCAGGGCUCAAACCCAUGUCCCCUGCACCGGCAGGUGGAUUCUUAACCACUGCCCCACCAGAGAUGUCCUGAUUUUUCUUUUUUAGUGUAGUAAGUUGGGUAAGUUGAUUUUCAAAUAUUAAAGCAACCUUUCAUUCUUGAGAUAAACCCCACUUGGUCAUGAUGUAUCAUCUUUUUAUAUAUUAUUGGAUUUGAUAUGCUAAAAUUUUGUUAAGAAUUUUUGCCUCUGAGUUCAUGAGAGAGAUUGGUCUAUAGUUUUUUUGUAAUGUCAUUGUCUAAUCUUGGUAUAGUGAAAGUUGGCCUUAUAAAUAAGUUGGGAAGUAUUCCCUUCUCUUCAACUUUCUGGUAGAGUUUGUGUAGAAUUGGCAUUAUUUUAUUCCUUAAAUGUUCCAUAGAAUUUAUCAGUUAAGCCAUUUGGACUUGAAGCUUUCUUUGUUGGAAGGUUUUAAACUGCACAUCCAAUUUCUUUAAUAUCCUUAUUCUUGAAUAAACUUUAGUAGUGCAUGUCUUUCAAAGAAUUUGUCCAUUUCAUAUUGAAUUUAUUGGUAUAAAGUAUUCUAUAAUAUUCUCUUAUUAUCCUUUUAAUAUCUAUAGUACUUUUCUAUUUUGCAGUUUAUUUAUUUCUACUUUGACCUUUAUUGUGUUCUUUCUUCUCUUACUCUGUGCUUAAUUUGCUCUCGUUUUUCCAGUUUAAGGUGGAAGUUGAGGAAGCUGAGUACAGCAUUAGCAAUAUCCCACAUGUUGACAUAAUAUGUUUUCAGUUUCAGUGAGUUCAAAAUAGUUUUUGAUUUCCCUUUUGAUUUCUUCUUUGACCACAAAGUUACUCAGAAGUGUGUUGUUUAGUUUCCAAAUAUUUGGAGCUUUUUCAGCAUUUUAAAUUUCUAAUUUAAUUCCAUUGUGGUCAGAGACAUAUAUUGAUUGCCUAAAAUCCUUUAAAAAAAUUUUUAAAGUAUUUUUUAAAUUUAUUUCUUUGCUCCAUUGGGUCUUUUUUGCUUUGCCUGGGCUUUCUCUAGUUGCGGCGAGCAGGGGCUACCCUUCGUUGUGGUGUACCGGCUUCUCAUUGGAUGGCUUCUCUUGUUGCAGAGCACAGUCUCUAGGUGCAUGGGCUUCAGUAGUUGUGGCACACAGGCUCUAGAGCGCAGGCUCAGUAGUUGUGGCGUACGGGCUUAGUUGUUCUGCGGCAUGUGGGAUCUUCCCUGACCAGGGAUCGAACCCGUGUCCCCUGCAUUGGCAGGCAGAUUCUUAACCACUGAACCACCAGGGAAGUCCCAAUUCCAGUAUUCUUAAUCUUUUGUGUAGAUACAUAUUGCAAUCUGGUGACAUUUUCCUUCUGCUUAAAAAUACUUCUUUUAACAUUUCUUAUAGGGAAAGUCUACUAGUAAUGAAUUCUUUCAGCUUUUGUAUGUCUGAGAUAGUCUUUAUUUUGCUUUUGUUUUGACAGUUGUGGGUGUAGAAUUCUAGGUUGAUAGAAUUCAAUUCACUACUUUAAAGAUGUUAUUCCACUGAGUUCUCGUUUACAUUGUUUCCAACAAGAAUUCUCCUGUCAUUGUUAUCUUUGUUCCUCUGUAUGUACUGUAUAGGUUUUUCCUCUGGCUGCUUUUAACUUUUUUCUUUAUUGCUGGUUUUGAGCAAUUUGAUUAUUUUUUGUGCCUUGGUGUAGUUUUGUCCAUGUUUCUUAUGCUUAACGUUCAUUGAUCUUCUUGACUUUGUGGGUUUAUAGUGUUUACCAGUGUGGACAAAUUUUGGGUAUUAUUUCUUCAAUUUUUUGUAUUUCUCCUCUCCUUCAUGGACUCUAAGUACACAUGUAUUAGACCACUUGAAGUUGUUGCACAAUUCGCUGAUGCUCUAUUCAUUUUUGUUGUUGUUUUGUUUUGUUACACGUUUUGUUUCAUUUUGGAUAGUUUCUAUUACUGUGCCUUAAUGUUCACUGACCCUUUCUUCUGCAGUGUCUAAUCUGCCAUUAACCUCAUUCAAUGUCUUUUUCAUUUAGACUUUGUUUGUAAUCUCUAGAAGCUCAAUUUGGGUCUGUUUUGCAUUUUCCAUGCCUCUACUUAACAUUUUCAGUGUUUAGCCUGGGUUUCUUAACAACUGAAAUACAGUUCUAAUAACUUUUCUUCAUGUAUAAUAACUUUUUUUUUUUUUUCUGGUACGCGGGCCUCUCACUGUUGUGGCCUUUCUCGUGGCAGACCACAGAGUCCAGAUGCGCAGGCUCAGGAGAGCCCCAUGUACUCUCAGCUCCAUUUCCUCAGUCAGGGAGUCCACCAGUCUCAGCCUGGACUUCUCUUCCCUGUACCAUGACCUGGAAACUCACUCAGAGAAGAUCUUACCUAACCGUAUGGGCUGCUGCCUCUGCCAAUUUAAAGAUAGUAUUGAGGUUGCCUGUAAGACAGUCAAGCUGCGUUGUGACAGUGAAUGCCUGACAGACGUGACACCUUGUGAUGAAGAAACAUCUAUAGGGAAUGCAGAAGGAUCGUUGAUGAAGGUGUUACAAGCCCGGAAAAAGAACACCACCACUGAGCUGACUAUUGAGUCCGAGAGGGCGUCGUCAGAUAAAAGUGCUGUCAGCUUGUCAGGCUUCAUGAAUGAGCAGCUGGACUUUAAGAAUAAAAGUGAUAUUAUCAGUACACUAAAUGACAUACUGCCUUAUACCUCAGAGGGAAAUCUAGGAGAUGUGGAAUCAACAUUAUUCCCAUUCAUUCAACUUCUUUUCUCAAAUACACCAGAUGGAGAUAUGCCGCAGGGCCUUUUGAAAGGCAAUACAAGGAGCCCUUCUGUUAAACCUGUACCCAAAAAUUCAACUCAUAAAAACAAAUUGAGGAAACUCCAUUUUGUGGAACAUUUGUUAGAUGCAGAAACUCAAGAAAAAAUUGAUGAGGUUAAAAAGGAAGAAAAACCUGCCACGCGUACGCGUUCCAACAUUUCAAGUGCCACGUUUAAAAGCUACAUCUUUCAAAAGAAAUUGCAAACUGCCCAACCACAGAAAGACAGCCUCGCAAACACUGAGAGUACAGAGGAAAGGCUGCUGAGAGUGAACAGGGUCCUCAAGGGCCCAAGGGGCAUACAGAAAAUGCACCUCAAAGCAGUGGGAGAUGAGAGCGUCAGGGGGAAACAGAAUGCCCAGCCAUCUGAGGCGAACACUGCUGAAGAAAGAAGGCUCAGGAGGCCAUCCCCAAGAAAGCUGAAACAGCUUCUCAUGGUUCAGAGUCCCAGGAAGCUGGUGGGAAAGUCCUCCAAUGCAGAGUCUUCAUUCAUAAAGGAACACAAGGCAGCAGGCUCCUCUUCCCGGAAACAGUACUUCAAGGGCAGGCCUUCUGCCUCCAUCCCUCCAAAAUCCCCAUCUGAGGUUAAAAGCACAUCAAAAGACUUAUCCAACACUCUUCAUGUUUUAGAGGAUGCGAAGGCUAGAACUAGAAACAUUAAGGACUUCGAACUAAUCUCACAUUCUGGAAAAAAAUACAUCUUCCAUAAAAUUAGGUCUCAUCGGGUCCACAGAAAACCCAAAGGCAAAAGGAGUGGAAAGUUCAGAAAGAAAAGUUCACUCACUAGAAUGAUGCUUGCAAGCCCUCCGUUCUCUGUACUGAGGAGUCUCAUAAAUUCCCCUCCACGAGAGGCUGUUUCAUCUUCAGGAGAAGUGACUUCUCAGGAAAAGCCUUUUCCAGAAUUAUUUUCUCCUUCAGACCCUUCUACAGAAAACACUACUUCAGGAAACAAUACUGCACAAAAUGUUUCUGAAGAAAUUAUUUCUACAGGAAACUCUACUCUGCCAGGAGGAACCGGCCCUGGAAACACUACCCAUAGGAACGUGUCCACUGCACAUUCUACUGUUGCUGCAGACAACAGUAUGCCAACUGUUCAACACACCAACCAAACACGAUGGGAGUACCACAACACGGGCACUGAAUUAUCCUCUAAGCCCACAGGCUUCGCUUUCCCAGGGCUCACAUCCCCGGGUGAUCAAGUUGAAACUCAGCUAAACCAGCAGCUACGGUCCCUCAUCCCCAACAAUGACAUGCGAAGGCUCAUUUCUCAUGUUAUCCAGACUUUAAAAAUGAACUGCUCGGAGACCCACGUGCAGCCGGCCUGUGCCAACCUCAUCUCUAGAACAGGCCUCCUGAUGAAGCUUCUCAGCAAGCAGCAAGAAGUAAAUGUGUCCGAAGCGGAGGGGGAUACGGACCAGUGGAAAGCUGACAACUAUAUCAGUGAGAGCACAGAAGCCCAGAGUGAGCAGAAAGGGCAGGAGUCAACUGAGCUCACAAAAGAAGUUCCAGCAUAUGGCUAUAAGAACAGACUCAUCUUGGCAAUAUCCAUAUCUGCAGUAGUGACGAUUUGGGUUACAAUUCUCUGUCUCAUUGAGACUUAUUCUCACAGAAUCGCAAAAGACGAAGAUAGAAAAAGCAGCAGAAGGGGCUUUUUUCGAUUUCUGCGGCGUAAGAGAAGCUCAGGGGAAAGUGAGAGUCAGGAGGGCGUUUUCGCGACAAGGGGGCCACUUUAUGCCACGGACCUGCCGUAGAAAGAGGAUUUCACCGCCAAGGGUCAGAAGGGAAGGGCACUGUCAAAUUUUCGUGAGAGUUGCAGAGCUUCUUCAACUUCUACACUUGUUGUGAGCUGUGGCGAGCCAUCUAUUUGCUAGCCAUCAACCUCUCCCCUGCAGAAUGGCCAAAUUUAUCAACAGUGAGAAAAUUUAAAAUAAACAAAGCAUGAUUUUUAAGGUUAUGUGGUGGUGUUCUGUAUGAUUCCCCCUUUUUUAUUUUUUCAAUAGUUAGC